CUCGCGGUUGAGCCGAAGCUUCCAGAACCCAAACCCCUGCGCAUCUAAAACCCUCCUCCCGAGUCCCGACCCGACGGCAAAAAGCAAAUUCGAGUGCGCACACGAGCAGACCCCCGCAGACAGCCAGGCACACUCGCGCGACCAUGUACCGGGCGGCGGCUGUCAUCUCGAGGUCCUCAUCAGCACUGCGGAGGCAGCUCGCGCGGGGCGUGGCCGGGGAGCUGCCGCGUCUGUUGGCGCGAGGGUAUGCGGCCACGGCGAAGGAGGUGUCCUUCGGCGUUGGCGCCCGCGCCGCCAUGCUGCAGGGCGUCAACGACCUCGCCGACGCCGUCAAGGUCACCAUGGGCCCCAAGGGGCGCACUGUGAUCAUCGAGGGGUCCCAUAAAGGUCCCAAGGUCACGAAGGACGGGGUCACUGUUGCAAAAAGCGUGGAGUUCGAGGAUAGCGCGAAGAAUGUUGGGGCGAAUCUGGUGAAGCAAGUUGCUGAUGCUACGAACAAAGCUGCAGGGGAUGGAUGCAAGGCCGUGGCAGCCGGUGUCAACGUUAUGGACUUGCGGAAUGGUAUAAACAAGGCAAUAAAUGCUAUCACUGCUCACCUCAAAAGUAAAGCGUGGAAGAUUAAUUCUCCAGAAGAAAUUAACCAGGUAGCAACCAUUUCUGCAAACGGUGAAAAGGAAAUUGGAGAUCUAAUAUCAAAAGCCAUGGAAAAAGUUGGAAAGGAUGGAGUCAUUACUAUUGUUGAUGGCAAAACAUUGGACAAUGAGCUUGAAGCAGUACAGGGAAUGAAGCUGUCCAGAGGAUACAUAUCUCCUUACUUUGUGACUGAUCAAAAGACUCAGAAAUGUGAGAUGGAGAACCCUCUUAUUCUUAUCCAUGACAAGAAAAUCUCAAACAUGGAUUCUCUCCUUCCAGCAUUAGAAAUUUCUAUCAAGAAUCGCAAGCCUCUUCUCAUUGUUGCUGAGGAUGUUGAAGGAGAUGCUCUGUCAAUGCUUGUACUGAACAAGCAUCGUGCUGGACUCAAGGUAUGUGCUGUCAAAGCUCCUGGAUUUGGUGAAAAUAGAAGGCACAAUCUAGAUGACAUGGCUGUGAUGACUGGAGGAGAGGUUAUUAGCGAGGAACGCGGUCUUGAUCUUGGCAAAGUUCAAUUACAAAUGCUUGGCACUGCUAAAAAGGUAACUGUAUCCCUUGAUGAUACUAUCAUCCUAGAUGGUGGAGGUGACAAACAGCAGAUAGAUGAGAGGUGCCAACAGCUUAGAGAAUCAAUUGACACAAGCACUGCUGUAUUCGACAAAGAAAAGGCCCAAGAGCGUUUAUCUAAGUUAUCUGGAGGUGUUGCUGUACUCAAGAUUGGUGGAGCUAGUGAAGCUGAAGUUGGUGAGAAAAAAGAUAGGGUGACAGAUGCUCUAAAUGCUGCAAGGGCUGCUGUGGAGGAGGGCAUUGUGCCAGGUGGUGGAGUUGCCCUUCUUUAUGCCACCAAGGAGCUUGACAAGAUUAGCACAGCAAACGAGGACGAAAAGAUUGGAGUUCAAAUUAUCAAGAAUUCUUUGAAGGCUCCCUUGAUGACCAUAGCUGCAAAUGCUGGCAUUGAUGGAGCUAUAGUCAUAGGGAAGCUGAUUGAACAAGAGGACCUCAGUUUGGGCUAUGAUGCAGCAAAAGGGGAGUACGUAGACAUGAUCAAGGCCGGCAUCAUCGAUCCCGUGAAGGUGAUCCGCACCGCACUUCAAGACGCUGCAAGUGUUUCCCUGCUGAUGGCAACCACGGAGGCCGCUGUCUCCGAGCUCCCGGCAACCAAGUCCAGAAUAGCCAGCCGUAUGCCGCAGAUGAGCGGGAUGGACUUCUGAGGAAAUUCAGGCGCCGUGUAUGAUGCUGAUCUGUGACCUGUAAGGCUAGGAAUUGGGAGGUUGGGGACGAACUUUGUUUCCCUAGCGGAUAGUCGGAUACGUCUACGGAGUUCAUUCGAAACGAGGUGCAGAACUGUCACCGAGUUGCAGUUUUUGAUGCAGUGCGGCGUUCGAUGGUGGGGUAAUAAAGCUGGACUGAUAGCGCCUUCCAUUUUGAAUGCUCUGUCUGAGGCAUCGUUUGGUGCCGUCGAAGCAGCUGAA